CUUUUUUCAUGUGAAUGCGACACAACAGGCAUUGGGAAUAUGAGUGAGUGCAUCCCGAGAUAAUAAAUGUAUUUAAGCAAACGGGCGGGUGCCAUUAUCACCUCAGCACAAAAAAUAAUUCAAAGGCGAGAGAGAACCAAGCGAAAUCUUACAUUUCCUCUGACUCUAUUACUAUUAUUUCAUCGCAAUAGCCUUUAUAUAAUAACUUUUCAAAUUGAUAGCAGUUAAAGUAAAUUGCAAAAUUACAAUAAAAAGUUCUGCGUUCGUACAAAACAUUUCAUUUUAAUCAACAUUUGUCUUUUAUACGAAUUUUAAAUUUAUAAUUAUCAAACGCAAGCAAUGUCCUGGAUUGACAAGCUCAACUCGCGCGUCGCCCAGACAUUAAUAGGACGUUGGUUCCGACUGGAAGGCUCAGGGGCCAAGAUCGAGCGACCCGGAUCCAAAUUCAGCGUUGAGUUGCGUGCCGGCCUAACAACCUUUAUCUCCAUGUCCUACAUCAUCAGCGUCAACGCGCUAAUUAUCACAGACUCCGGCGGCACCUCAUACUCCAGCUGCCUGCAGGAUAUCAAGUUGGAUAUCAUCACAGCCACAUGCGCCAUCUCCUGCCUGGCCUGUAUAUUCAUGGGUGUCUUUGCAAACUUGCCGAUUGCGCUGGCGCCUGGAAUGGGGCUGAACGCGUAUUUUGCUUAUACAGUGGUUGGAUUCCAUGGCUCCGGUAAGGUGUCAUAUCGGAAUGCAUUGUCGGCAGUGUUUAUUGAGGGAAUUAUCUUUUUUGUUCUUUCAGUUAUCGGCCUAAGACAAUGCUUCGGGAUCGGCAUCUACCUGGCGUUCAUCGGCCUGCAGUCGUCGGCAGGAAUCGGUCUGAUUACGUCAAACUCUUCGACCUUGGUUGAGCUCGGAGGGUGCCCGGCAGAGUUCCGCAAUAAGGAUAAUGUAUGCUUGAGCCAUCAUAUGGAGGGAGGCACGAUGUGGCUGGGCGCCAUGGGCCUGCUUCUUAUGGUCACAAUGCUCUUGUAUCGGAUCAAGGGCGCUAUCCUCUUUGGCAUUGUCCUGAUUGCCGCCAUCUCAUGGCCGCGAGGCACCGCAGUAACCGCGCCGGGCGACAAUGCGUUUGAUUUCUUCAAGAAGGUCGUCACGUUCCACCCGAUCAAACGAACUUUGGCCGAGUUCCACUGGGACCUAACCUCUGGUGAUGUUUGGAUUGCCCUUGUGACAUUCCUUUAUGUGGAUAUUCUGGACUGCACGGGGACUAUGUUUUCAAUGGCCAAGUUUGGCGGGUACAUGGAUCCUAAGACGCAGGAUUUCGAGGGAUCCAGUAUGGCGUUCCUUACAGACUCUGUGUCGAUCAUUAUUGGCUCCAUCUUUGGCUCUUCACCUGUCACGGCUUUCAUCGAGUCUGGUGCCGGUAUCUCCGAGGGAGGACGCACAGGAAUCACAACAAUAGUCGUAGGCAUAAUGUUCUUCAUUGCGAUAUUCUUCGCGCCCAUCUUUGCUUCCUUCCCGCCCUGGGCGACAGGCCCGGCGCUGAUAACGGUUGGCAGCAUGAUGAUGACAAAUUACAUUGGCGAUUCUGUGCCGGCGUUCCUCACAAUAAUUCUGAUCCCCUUUGGGUACUCGAUUGGGUAUGGAUUGAUCGCAGGCAUUGGGUCGUUUGUUUUUAUUAAUUCCUUGGUGUUCCUUCUUCACAAGGCUUCUGCAGGUCGGAUCACGCCGCCUAACUUUGAUGAGCGGGAUGAUGGGGGUGGGUUUAAGAGUAAUGUUCCCAGGUGGAUCUUGCGUCUGUUUGGCAAAAAGCCAGAGUCGAUUCGUGUAUGUGGCGGAUUUGACGAUAUUGAGGUGGGCACUACUAGACCGGAUGGUGAUGAUCGGAAACUGGCUGCCGACGAGUUCGGGUCAGACGAUAUGAAGGAGUUUUCGGAAGUGAGAUGAUUUUUUUAAUAAUAUUGAAAUGUAUAUUUGCUGAUUAAUUGAUUUGAUCGG